AUGGACUCCUUUAGUCUUCCGGAACGUCAAUCGUAUUUUCGAAUUCUACUCGACGUCGACCUCCGCACAAGGAUUUCUGCCAAGAUGGACGGCGAAACCAACGUCCUCGGUCCCGGCGGCUGUCUCCAACUCGUCGAAGAAGACUUCCUGGCACGCUACCCUCUGUUCACCAGGCGAUUAGACUUUUUCCAAAGUCAACAAGCGACGGGUCAAGCCUUCACCGAUUUCUUGGCGAAACUAAAGGAACUUUCUUUGCUGGCUGAUCUCGACAAGUUAUCCGUGGAGGAGACAUUCGUCUUUUGUGCCCUGCGAGGAGCAACCGAUAACGAGCUCUUGGACGACCUUCUGAAAUUGGAGAAGAAAUCGCUAAAGGAUAUCGAAAACGCAGCAAAUUUAUACGAAAGCAAACUCGUAUCCCGCGCGAAAUUGAACUCGAAACAAGACGCG